AUGUCAGACCAAGAGAAGCAACAGACCCUCGAGGAGGACUACGCGUCCGAGUCCGACGAGGGACAGCCAGAGGAGCAAGAGCAACAAGUCGUGCAGCCGACACCCAAGCAAGGGACACGCACGAUGCAGCGAGCACCGCGCCAGCAACCACAACCGCAACAGCCAUUCCAACAGCAGCUGCAGCAGCAACAGCUGCCCCAGCAGCAACAGAUCAUCCCGGCCGAGGACCGCGUCACGGGCAACAUGGGCGGCCGGUCGGGCGCGAUCCGCGAGUCCCGCAUCAAGGACCGGCCGCAGCCGAAGGAGGAGCGAGACAGCAGCCUGAAGAUCAAGAUCGAGCUGGAUCUGGAAGUCGAGGUAGAUCUCUAUGCCCGUGUGAAGGGAGAUGUGACCAUUGGUCUGAUGUAA